AUGAAGAAAUGUACAGUAGUAAAUCUGGACAAGUUUAUUGAUGAUUUCACUCAUCUGGAACAGAAAAUUACAGAGCUCAAGGGUAAAAACAACAUAUUGGAGAUCAAGUUGGAUGAGACCAACAGAGUUCUGAAAUUUUCUCAGACCAAAGAGAAGUGCUUGAUUGAGGAGAGAGAUGGGAUGUUGGAGACAGUGAAGGGACUCCAGCAGACUCUACUGCAGCAGUGUGACCUCAGAGUGGAGAAUGAAAAGUUGAAAAGCACUGUGUCAGACCUGAAAAGGCAGAGUGAUAGGACAGUAGAGGAGCGGGAAGCUGAGAUUCAGAGGCUGGUGGCAGAGAUGAGAGCUGUGGGAGAGAGAUAUCAGAAGGAGUUGGAAUCUCUGAGAGACCAGUGCAGGAGAGGGGUGGAGGACACUCACAGAGAAACACAGAGCAAACUUGAGGCGAAAGAUGCAGAAUGGAAAGAGGCCCUGGAGAGGAAGGAGUCAGAUAUGGCAGAGAUGAGAAGGAGAUUGAGGGACCAGGAGAGAGAGAGGCAAAGUGAAAUAUUAAAGUUACAAAUGGAGUUUGGUGCUAAGCUUGCCAGGGUGCAGAGUACCACACAGAGGAUCCAGCAGCAGCCCCAGGGCUCAGGUCUUUUACCUCAGAACAUCUUCAAACGGAAGUUCCAGUUCCUUCAGGAGGAGAAGAACAGAGAGGUUGAGGCCCUGCGCCAGAGAAUCAAGGAAUUGGAGAAGCAGCACGCCAGCGGAUUCAGUGACUCCCGUCUAAAGAGAAAGAAGAUUUAGCAUAUUUAAAAUAUGCAGGAGUGAAAUUCAUCUACAGUAGUGCCUUUGUAUUCUUUUUGGUAUAGUGUUCCUGGUGUUUGCUCUCAAACAGUAGUUGGGUCAUUCUACGAAAUGAGUGCUUUUUCAUUGUUUAAAUAGAAAUUGUGCACCAAUAUUGAAUUUUAAAAGCCUGUUAUAUUAAUUGAAGUGCCCUUUAAUAUAGACCACAUGGAGAAUUCAAUAAAUCAGAUUUUUUUUUUUACGAGUAAAGACUUGCACCCUCCGUGAGUUCUAUGAAAAUUUUUAAUCCACUUAUUCUCAACAUUUCGGCACAUUUUCACCAUCAUUG